AUAAAAAAAUCACAGAAGGGAGAAGUGUGUUUAUCUCCGAAAUCCUUGCUUCCUCCGUUAAGCGGAAUGGUGUUCAAAUCUCAGUAACUGUUGGAGAAUCACACUUAGGCUCUUCCAUCAGCAGAGGUAAGAUUUCAUCAAAACCCCCUUAUUUCUCUACGAAGAAUGUUUCUUCUUCAUUGCGCUAGAAGGCUAGACCUGGUUAGGAACCCUAGGAGUGCUGGAGAUUUGACGAACCAUCUGAGUUUUCUCCAAAAUCAUUUUCUAAAAUGCGUAUCAACGGCAACAGAUCAACACUCUUUUACGGUAUCAUACCUCAUAAACUCUUGUGGAUUGUCCAAGGAAGAGGCUGCAUCUGCAUCUAAGUCGGUCCAAUUUGAAACCUCGCAGAGACCAGACUCAGUCCUCUCUUUCCUCAGAAACUACGGAUUUACCGGUGUCCAAAUCUCUAAAUUCAUCAGAAAUCGGCCAAUGCUCCUGUUACUUGAUCCAGAGAAAAUCCUUAAACCCAAAUUUGCGUUUUUAUCUUCUGUAGGAUUUUCUCCACCUGACCUUGCAAGGAUUCUCUAUUACGACUCAGGUUUCUUGACACUUAGCUUAAGAAACCAAAUUCUUCCUUGUUUUCAGUAUCUUAAGGGCAUAGUUCAGACAAACAACAAUGUCGUCGCCGUUCUCAGACGCAUGAGGUGGGCUUUUGGAAAUAAACGGCAGAAGCGUAUGGAAGAAAACAUCACGAUCCUUCGUGAUCAUGGUGUGCCUGAACAGAUCAUCUUGAGCGUUGUAAAGAGGCACCCGCAGUCAUUUUUGAUGCCACCUGAUCUGUUCAAUGAGAAUGCCAAAGAAAUUAAGGACCUUGGGGUCGACCCUUCAAAAUUAGCUUUUGCUCUUGCAGUAUCAAUUAUAACAUUAAGUAGCAAAUCAACGAGGGAAAGAAAAAUUGAUAUCUAUAAGAAAUACGGUUGUUCUGAGGACGAUAUUACAUUAAUGAUAAAAAGGAAUCCUAAUUGUCUGGCGCUCUCGGAGAAGAAGAUAGUAAGAGUGAUGGAUUUUCUGAUCAAUAAAAUGGGCUUGGAACCAUCGUUUAUUGCCAAAAACCCAAUACUUCUCUGUUUUAGUUUGGAAAAGAGGAUGAUUCCAUGGUAUUCAGUAAUACAAGUUUUGCUAUCAAAGGGUCUCAUUAACAAGGAUAUCAACGUGGUUGGAGCUCUCAAGAUUAGUAAGAGUGAUUUUAUGGACAAGUUUGUAAUUAGAUAUCAGAAGGAAAUUCCACAACUACUGAAGAUAUUUGAAGAGAUCGAAGACCAUGGAGACAAGCAGACAAAGAACCAGAGUUAGGCACUCAGAUACUGUUGCAGUUAGAGCUUUGAUUGGUGGUUAUGCAUGAGGCUGUGUCUGAGGCCCAAAAUUUGGCUGACAAUGAUCAUCAGUCAGUUUUGCAUCUCUGAUUCUUGUUGCUUUGCAUCUUUCAAAUAGAGUUGGUUUGUUUGUCAAACCAUGCCAAACGGUCUGAUCUAUCAUCUAGAUACAACAAAAGCUCAUGAAUCAUGCCCACCAGCUCAGCUAAUUAAGUGCAUGUAGUCUUCACUGAUCUUGGGUUCAAUCCUGCCACCCCACCCAAGAGUUUGCCUAGAAAAAUGAAAAAAAAAAAUGCAUAGGCAUUGUAUGCUUUGUUUGAUAUAUUUGUCAAGCAACAACCUUAGUGUGAUUACAGUUUUGAAAUUGAGGAAGAACUUCAUGAAGGAGCUCAUAACCAAUCAGUAGAAAGUCACUAGACCUGAGGAAACAGGUAAGUUAAGCAAUUGUGGAAUGUAGACUGUUUAAAGCUUUGUAAAUUAGAUAUAUAUUUCCCAAUAUGAUACAGUUUAAAGGA